CUGGGCUGUAAUCUGAAGCCAAAAGUGAGAAGUGAGAGAAUGAGGAAGGGGGAGAGGAGAGAGAGAUGGAGGGAGGAAGGGAGGGAAGGAUUGAACGGGGCGAGAGAAGGUGAUGUCAGCUGAGUUCAGAAAGUAAACACAGUUCCAGACUGCAGCAUGCUGUCUGCGGGACUGCAGCUGGGGCAAAGCCUUGGGGGCACCCGCACGAUCGCCUGUACCCACAGCUUUAUCUCUGGAAAGGAGGGCUGGUUCCUCUUCAUCUCCCUUGUCAUCUUCGCCUCCCUGCCCCGAGGGACAGCCUGGCCGUAUGACUACAGGCAUUUGUACGGUCACUGUCCAGGUCCAGAGUGGAGCGUGAUGUGUAGGGGCUGCUGCGAAUACGACGUCAUCCGCUGCAAAUGCCCCCUUCAGGGGACGUCGGUCGGCUACGCUGUUCCCUGCUGUCGCAAUGCCAUCAAUGAGUGUGACCCCUGCAUUAUCCAUCCAGGCUGCAGCAUAUUUGAGAACUGUAAGCGAUGUAACAACGGCACAUGGGGCCCCAGAGAUGACUUUUUCAUUAGUGGAAAAUACUGCUCUGAGUGUCGGCCAGGCUGGUCCGGUGGUGACUGCAUGACAUGUGGGGAAGUAAUCCGUAAACGGCAAGGCCAUUUGGUGCUGGAGAGUUACCCCAACAAUGCUCGGUGUGAGUGGACCAUACAAGUGGACCGUCCAUUUACUGUUGAUCUCAGGUUCAUGAUGAUGAGUCUGGAGUUUCACCAGUCUUGUCGCUAUGAUUACGUGGAGGUCAGAGAUGGUGACAGCAUCAGGUCACGCGUUAUUGGUCGAUUCUGUGGCAACAACAGACCUGCGCCAAUUCAGAGCUCUGGAAACACCAUGCACAUACUCUUUGUGUCUGAUGGCUACAAGAAUUUUGAUGGCUUCUUUGCUACUUUCCAAGAGACCUCAGCUUGCAGCUCUUCUCCUUGCCUGCAUGAUGGGACUUGUAUCCUGGACACCUCCUACAGUUACCACUGUGCCUGUCUGGCUGGCUACACAGGCAAAAGGUGUGAAAAUGUGGUGGGAUGCCACAGGUCUCCAGUGCUGAUCCAUGGCUCCACAGAAGGUGUGUUUCAUCACUCUGGAGCACGCAUCACUUUCCGUUGUGAUCCUGGGUUUGAGCUGCAGGGAAGUCGUACUGCCAUCUGCCUCAGUGAUGGCACAUGGAGUGCACCAGCCCCUCAGUGUGUGUCAGUGGAAAGAUUCUGUUCUCUGCCACCCAAGCCAACACACGGGGACCACUUUCUGGUGUACGGACCCAAUGAUGUCCUCAUUGCUCUGCAGUAUCUGUGCUACCAACCCUUUGAACUCAGCGGAAUCUCCCAGAGAACGUGCCUCUCAAAUAACACGUGGAGCGGGAGUGCUCCUGUUUGCACCAAAGUGAAUAACACACUCAUGGAAGCCGAAAAGGACACAGGCAAAGAAACAGAUAAGUACAGCAGCAAAGACAUUGGCAAAACGACAGAGAAAGAUCAAGAGAAUACAACUGGAGAAAAGGAAAGUGUUCAAGAAAAAGAUACAAGCAUAGGAAACAAGAACACAACUGUAGUAGGAGGCGAUGAAUAUACCGGGAUAACUCCAGAGGGUGAGACGAGACUGGAGGAAAGUAAUGCUGAAAAAACCAGCGGGACUAGCAAAGAAACAACAGGUACUAAAGGUACAGACGACACCUUAAACACAGUUGAAACAAAAGAGCCAGAUUUAGUAAAGCUGCAAGAGAAAAAAGAAGACCGCUCAAACUCAGAAUCAGAGACCGGAAAGACGACAGACGUCACAGAAGUCGUGGUGAUAAAAGACAAAGGGCAAGAAGACAAGGAGCGCAAAGACAAGCAGGUAAAUGGAAAACAGGAUCCGGACAAAAUCGGACCCAACGACACCAAAGUGCGGAUAGUUAUAUCUGAGCGAGAGAACACGGUGGAGGCAUUUGAACCGGAAAUGACGCACAAUGACACUGUUACAUACGGUGACAAUGACAUCCAGGAGGACAACAACACUAUCGGUUCCCUGGAGACAGAGAAGAGAGUCAUUCCCUCAACAGUCAAUAUUACUCAGCACACUGUCGACAGAGCAGGAGGUAAACCAACUGAAGAAACAAAAAAGGACACAAUGGAAACAUCUGUUGAGAAAACAAAGGAGGAAGCAGAAAAAGAGCUGGAGGAGAAAAAAGAUGAAAAGAAGAAAGAAGGAAACCAGAGUAUCAUUGAGAAGAAUUGCCCACUAGUUCCUCGACUCUACCAUGGUUACCAUCAGCUGGUGCUGGGGAUGGAGCCUCGGACAGUUGAAUUUGUUUGUAAUCACUCCUACGCCCUCAGCGGUGAUGCACGCCGGACCUGCCAGCCAGACGGCAGCUGGAGUGGCAAACAACCCCUGUGUGUCAGAGCUUGCCGGGAGCCCAAAGUGUCAGAAUUGGUUCAACAGAGAGUUCUGCCACCUCAGUUCUCGUUCAGAAAGACACCAGUGCACAAAUUCUACUCCUCGGGUCUGGGUCGACAGCUCCAGUCUGAUGGUCCCACUAAAGGUCCAACAGUGCUUCCCCAGCUGCCCCAGGGCUUCCACCAUCUUUACUCACACAUAGAGUAUGAAUGUGCUUCUCCAUUCUACCAGCACUCCGGAAGUCCUCGAAGGACAUGUCUGAAGACUGGCAAGUGGAGUGGGCGUCACGUGUCCUGCUCACCAGUGUGUGGGAAGCAUCCAACCUUUGACCCAGAGAGGCACGCAGAGGCUGACUGGCCUUGGCUGGCAGCCAUCUACCGUCGAUCGGCCAAUGGAGCUGAGACCAAGGUGACCAAGGCAGACAGCCAGGCUGAAUCCCUGAAGAAGAAUGGCAGAGAGGGCACGGACAGCAACAACCAGGCUUCUGAUUGGCAGCUGGUGUGUAGUGGGGCCCUGGUGAACCAAAGAAGUGUCGUGGUUGCAGCCCACUGCGUGACAGAGCUAAGGAAAGUGUAUCCACUUACUUCUGCUAAGAUCAAGGUGGUGGUGGGGAAGCACUACCGUGAUGACCAGAGGGAAAAUAAAGCUCUUCAACACCUGAGGGUGGCCUCGAUUGUAGUUCAUCCCAACUAUGAUCCCAAUAUACUCGACUCAGACAUAGCUGUGAUCAAAUUACUGGACAAAGCACGGAUUGGGGAGAAAGUCCUACCCCUUUGUCUGUCAGAUAGCCAGGGAGAGGAAGGGACUUCUGGGCAAGGGCUUGUGACCGGUUGGUCUCCGCUGCCCGAUUCAGAUUUAGGGCCAGAUGAGAAGGCAAGGGUUGGGCUUGUUUACCUCGCUGACAUUGUUCCAUGUGAACAGCAGUAUGCUCGAAAUGGUGUGCCAGUCAGUGUCACAGACAACAUGCUCUGUGGCAGCCAAAAGCCUGAUUAUGGACCUGCCAGCAUAUGUCCCUCUGACACUGGGGGUAUCCUUGUCCUACCACCAACCUCUGUUUACCAAGAUACCAGCCAGCAACCGUCUCUCAGCCUCGCACAGGUGCAGGCAGAAAACAAAGGGCUGUGGAGACUUUUGGGACUGGUGAGCUUUGGCUAUGACCAAGGAGAGUGUGACCCUGAACUCUACACAGUCUACACACGUGUAGCAAACUUUAAAAACUGGAUUGAGAAUAACAUGAAAUAACAGUUCUGCUUUGUGUUUGUUCCUCCUUAUGCUUCUGUAAUAUUUGUCCAUUUUUCAGCCUCGACUACAUUUGUCCUCUGAAAUGUGUUUCUCUUUCCUGGUGUUGGUCUCACCACAAGGGCAUUUUCUAUCUCAGUGCAGAAGCAACACUGGACAGCACAAUGAUACAACUCAGUGGUUCUUAAUACUGUCCCUAGGGACCUGCGACAGUGCUUAUGUACUUUAAUUGGUUGCAGUGUUAGGCCAAUCAAGACUCUAGAGACACAAACUUUUGAUCAUCCAACCACACCAAAUCUGUAGUGGCUUUCAGUAGUCACACUAAAAUUUCCCAACCUCAAAAACUAUGAAAAAGUUCUUGAAAUGGAAGUUCACUCUGGUAAACUGAACCAAAGUCAGAGAGAAGCAGAUGCUCUGAUAGCAUUCAAUGCGUCUGACUACAUUUAAGCUCGCAUGGUCAAGUCAAUUAAUUAGUUAACAGCCACAUUGAUAGUUUUUCUGCAUGAUAAAGUUAUUUAUGGAAAAUAAUGCCAGUAAGUUCCCACUGAUUCCAGUUAGUGAUCUACAGCUGUUUUGCAUGAGCCACUUACCAGUAACUCAACCAUCACUUUGUGCUCAGCGACUGCAAGUGA